AUGGGCCCCACUUCUCCGGUAGAUUUCAUCCUCCAGCCCCCAGUUUUCCACCCGGUGCUCCCGUACAUCACGAUGAUCUUCGGUGGCUUGACCCAUGGGAAGAUGGUUCUGGUGCAGGGCGUGGUCCUUGCAGAGGCCGAAAGGUUCCAGGUGGAUUUCCAGUGUGGCUGUAGUGUGAUGCCCCGGCCAGACAUUGCCAUCCACUUCAACCCCCGCUUCCGCUCCCGGCCUCAUGUAAUCUGCAACACCCUGCAGAACGGGCGCUGGCUGGAGGAGACCAAGUUCCCCCACCUCCCUCUCAAGAGGGGAGAGGCCUUCCAGCUGCUCUUCCUCUUUGGGCAGGAUGAGGUGCAGGUGAGUGUGAAUGGACAGCACUUCCUCCAGUACCGCUCCCGCCUGCCCCUGGCCCGAGUGGACACCGUAGGGGUGUUUGGCGACAUCAUGGUGAAGAGCAUGGCCUUCCUGCGCAGCAAUCCCUUUGACGCCAGCCGAACUGAGUACCCUGUUGCUCAUCCAAUGCAGCUAAACAGCUCCAAGCUGGCUGUGCCAUACUGCCACCCGCUCCCCCGUGGACUUGCAUCAAGAGACACCAUUACAGUGAGAGGACUGGUUUGCCCAGUGCCAGAGGGAUUCAGCCUCAGCCUGAGGGAAGACCCGUCCCAUGUGCCCCUAAGACUCAGCACCUGCUUUAGAACCAGAGCCCUGAUGUGGAGCUCCUUCCCAGAUGAGGCCCUGAGCCAUGCAGAGAAAGUGGCAGCCUGCUUCCCCUUUCAUCCCCAGCGCUUCUUUGAGUUGCUGCUUGUCUGUGAGGAGGGGAGUUUCAAACUGGCACUCAACGGGAUCCCCCUGGGACAGUAUGACACGCCUGGGCUCUCCUGGGACCGGAUCACAGAGCUGUGGAUAGAGGGUGACGUCACACUCUACAGUGUCCUCUCCUGA